GAGACUGUCGGAUGUGGAAAACGCUUUAAGAUACCGCGGCUCAGUGGUGUUUCAUAUAUACCGAAUGGAAUAACUACUUGAACGAUUUAAUUGAAUUAAAAGAUCUCGGUUGAGUUUACCUCUGCUAUAAACACAAACAUCUAGCUACACCUAUAUCGGGUCUGGAGAGAGUGGUGGAGGAGUUCGUAGACGGUAGCUUAGGUGUUAGGACGUAUGUACUCUAGUGUUGCGUUGCUUUGUUGAACAUGGAAAAAGUACUGCUGCUUGAAAAUAAGCCCGCAAUCACGUUCUACAGAGAGGAGCAAGAAAACAUGGAUGAUCUUAUAGAAAAGAGAAUGGGUAAUGAAAGUCCCUCGUUCAGUCACAGUCCGCAGUUCGGGCAGAAUGAAACCGAGUUACCCAAUGAGAUAUCAGCCCCCUACGAAGUACCACAGUUCCCUAUUGAACAGAUCGAGAAAAAAUUGGCCAUACAAAGGCAGUUAAACGUCAAGGCAUUAGAGGAGGGUAAGAGAAGUCACUAUGAACCAUCUUUAGCUGCCGACGAUAGAGAUCAACUGAACAUAGACGAACAUGACUUCGUUCCUCAUUUCCAGAGAGUCUCAAUUUCUGGAGAAGAUACGAGUGGGGUUCCACUGGAGGACUUGGAGAGAGCCUCAAAAAUGUUGGUAGAAGCUUUACGUAUAAGGCAAUGUUACAUGGCCAUGUCCCACCAAAACUUCAGUCAGACUGCAGCUAGAUUUUUAGACCCUACAAGAAUAGAAAGGAAGCAUGGGGAUAAACAAACCAUUGAAGAACAUGGCAUCCACCCUCCUGAGCAUCAUCCUUGGAAAGCCCAGGACGUAGGUGACACAGCACACGUUUUUAAAUCGAAUAAAGGUGUUUUCGAAAUUUUUGAAAACGAGGAAGCUUUAAAUAACAAUAAACCUUGCGAUUUUCCGUACCCGGAUAUGGAAACUUUUGUUAAAGAUAUGAACAUCAUGUGCAGUCUGAUUGCAGAUGGUCCCUUGAAAUCCUUCUGUUACCGACGCCUGAGUUAUUUGUCAUCCAAAUUCCAAUUACACGUUCUGCUGAACGAGCUCAGGGAGUUGGCCUCUCAAAAAGCUGUCCCCCACAGAGAUUUCUACAACAUAAGAAAAGUAGACACUCACAUCCACGCGGCAUCCUGCAUGAACCAGAAGCAUCUUCUCCGUUUCAUCAAGAAGACCUUGAAAAACCACGCUGAUGAGGUCGUGACACUAACCGGCGGCAAACCUAUGACCUUGAAACAGGUUUUCCAGUCCAUGAAUCUGACGACGUACGACCUGACCGUCGAUAUGCUGGACGUCCACGCCGACCGUAAUACUUUCCAUAGAUUCGACAAAUUCAACGCCAAGUACAAUCCGAUCGGAGAGAGCAGACUGAGAGAGGUGUUUUUGAAGACCGACAACUACAUCAACGGCAAAUAUUUCGCGAGGAUCAUCAAGGAGGUGGCCAGCGACUUGGAAGAAUCCAAAUACCAAAACGCCGAAUUGAGGCUGAGUAUCUACGGAAAGAACAAAGACGAGUGGGAUAAACUUGCCAAAUGGGCCAUAGAAUCGAAUGUGUAUUCGGACAAUGUGAGGUGGUUGAUCCAAGUUCCGCGAUUGUUCGAUAUCUUCAAGCUCAACAAAAUCCUGGACAACUUCCAAGAAAUCCUAGACAAUAUCUUCACGCCCCUGUUAGAAGUGACAGCUAGGCCAAGUACCCACCCAGAGUUGCAUCUCUUCCUUCAGUAUGUCAUAGGCUUCGACUGUGUCGACGAUGAGAGCAAACCUGAGAACCCUGUCUUCGAUGGCAACAUCCAAGAACCCUCGGAGUGGAAUGAUGAAGAAAACCCUAACUACGCUUACUACCUCUAUUAUCUUUUCGCCAAUUUAUGCACUCUGAAUCACCUCAGGGUGCAGAAAGGCUUACACCCAUUGAACCUAAGGCCUCACUGCGGGGAAGCUGGACCCAUACAGCAUCUCAUAUGCGGCUACAUGCUCUCUGAAAAUAUUUCGCACGGGUUGCUACUGAGGAAAGUACCAGUCUUACAGUACUUGUACUAUUUGGCACAGAUAGGAAUCGCCAUGAGUCCUCUGUCCAACAACAGUUUGUUCUUGAACUAUCACAGGAAUCCUCUUCCUGAAUACCUUGCAAGAGGUUUGGUAGUAUCUCUUUCAACUGACGAUCCCUUACAAUUCCACUUCACCAAAGAACCCUUGAUGGAGGAGUACAGUAUCGCAGCCCAAGUGUGGAAACUAUCCAGUUGUGACAUGUGUGAACUGGCCAGGAACAGCGUCUUGAUGUCCGGUUUUCCCCAUAGGGUCAAGAAGUUCUGGCUUGGUCCCAAUUAUACAAGGGAAGGUGUACCAGGCAAUGACAUUUCUAGAACCAACGUACCAGAUAUAAGGGUUGCUUUCAGGUAUGAAACUCUAGUAGAUGAGUUGUCUACCAUUUUCAAAUCGGUCAUGCAGCAAAAUCUUAAUUCUAGCGCAUAAAAUUGUUGUUGAAGUUCUUUGAUAGAGGAAAAAUAUUGUACGUCGAAUUUAUUUUAUUACUUCAUAGGAUUUAUAUUUUUGAGCUCGAUUUUGAGACGAUUUAGGAGUAUAUUUUGUUUUUAUCCUUAGGAGAAUCUUAAUGUUUCUCUCUAUUCGUUCAAUUUUUUUAAGCAUUUGAAUCUUGUCUUCAUGCAACAUAAUAUCCAAGAUUCGUAUAUGGAAUGCUCAUUCAAGUACACGUUCCCUAUUUAGUUAAGAAUAAAGUACUACUUAUUCUACAAAAAGUGAGCAGAUUAGAUUGUAUAGAAGUAUAUAUACAUAAAUAAUAAAUAUAUAUAACGUUAUUGAUUAUCCAAAUAAUGUUUUCUUUACCAUAUGUGAUUUUCUCAAUUAACUUACGUGACAGUUUUACUGAUCAGCGUAUAGGAAUGUGCCUAAUAUUUUGUUAUAUUAAUAAACGGUUAUAAAUCAA